AUGUCGGAUCAGACCUCUAUUUCGUCUGGCGAAGACUCGAGUCUGCGUGCAGAUGUUACCUCCACUACAACUCCACCCACCGAUUUGAGUCGUGAGUCCAAAUCUCGCCGAAGCAUUCCUUUAACGCAGCCGUUAAAGCAAGAUAAUAUUAAUAGGGAGAUGAGGAAUCCUGCAAAUGAUUCGUCUCUCCGUGCACCGCCUGGUGCAGCGAGGGGAUUUGCCCCCACGUCACCUUUGGUGUCACGCAGCCCAUUCGACAGCACCUCGUCUCCGUUUGAGCGGCACACGACCGGCUUCCAGGCAUCGUCUCUCGACGAUUUAAACAGUGUUCUUGCCAAUUUGAGCCUCAGUGCACUUUCUCCGGGGGCCAAUCGGCGCUCACACGUAAACCUUGCCGCCAGCAGCUUUUUGAGUGAUGAUGGUGUACUCCAGGGAGUGGGUUCGGCGUCAAAUCAGCGUGUGCAGAGCAAUAAUAGUAAUAGUCAGCAGCAGCAGCAGCAGCAGCAGCAGCAGCAGCAACAACAACAGGGAAGCUGGUCAUCGUUCUUGCCCGAGCUCACAAAAACUCCAGACAAGAGAGAUGCAGAGCGCAAAAGCUCGUCGUUCAGUGCACAGCCACAGAAGUUGUCGCGGUUGUCGACUCCACUAAUGGACACAACAGACGGGUCGGUCAGUUUUGGCCCCACGGCUUCACCUUCCCCAUUCGGACUGCAGGACGACUCGGCCUUCCUGAAGGGGAACAUGUUUGGUCCGCCCUUGAACGACCGCGUGGUCCGUAAACUCAGCUACCCGCCAAGUGCUGCACAGUCCGACCAAUCUUUCCGCCGCGGUGGUUCCAACAGCGUUUCCGCGCCUGGUUCCGCCCCGCCUGGCUCUGGGGACCUCGGAGUGCAGUACGCGACACCUGACUUUGAUGCGUAUGCUGCAGUUCCGGUGUCCAUGGGCUACGGGUACCAGCCACAGUCGCAGGUUGCAUUUAACGACCUGGGAUCGGUCAACAGCAUGAAUUUUGCCAAUCCGGGCGGUCUGGCAGGCGUUGCAUCCGGAUUCCGCGCAGAUGGCCGAAACGGCUUUCCUCCUUCGGGCCAGAUCAGCCGGGCAGCCGGCAGUGGCAGUGGCAGUUCUUCGUCUUUUUCGAUGAAUAUGGCUUCUGCUGCUGCUGCCACUGGCUCCACACCCGUUGGGCCGAACGAGAUGACGAGAAACAACUCCAGCCAGCUCCGGGGCACCAUGCCGAUGAUCCCGGGCCCGGGCCUGGGCCCCAUACUGGGAAUGAACUACCGACAGGGUUCCGGAAGACAGCAGCAGUCUGCUAAUGCAUCCGGCAUCCACAGAAAGCGUGGAUCCGGCAGGAAAAGAGGAGAGGAUGCGUCGAGGUUCGUCAACGCCACGUUGGCCGACUUCACGAACGAGAUAUACUACCUUUGCAAGGACCAGCACGGCUGCCGUUUCCUGCAGAGGCAGUUGGAGGUCGGGGGGCCGGAGGCUGCAACCAAGAUUUUCAACGAGAUCCAGCUGAACGUCAUCGAGCUCAUGAUCGAUCCUUUUGGAAACUACCUCAUCCAGAAACUCUUGGAGCGCGUCAACGAGAAGCAACGCACCACUCUUGUUCGCAACGCCUCGUCCCAAUUCGUCCGCAUCGCCUUGGACCCGCACGGCACCCGUGCUCUACAGAAGUUGGUCGAGUGCGUCAACACCAAGGAGGAAUUCCAGAUCAUUGUGAGCUCGCUCUCCUCGUAUGUCGUGCUUCUCAGCAGGGAUCUUAACGGCAACCACGUCAUCCAGAAGUGUCUCCAGAAGCUUCCUCCAAGCUCCUGCAACUUCAUCUUCGAUGCUGCCUGCGAGCACUGCGUGAAGAUCGCCAAGCAUCGCCACGGAUGCUGCGUUUUGCAGCGUUGCUUCGACCACGGCAGUCCGGCUCAGUGCGAAAACCUCAGCCUGAAUGUGGGCGAGAACUGCGUUGAGCUCAGCACCGAUCCGUAUGGAAAUUACGUCGUGCAGUACGUAUUAUCCAUGGAGGAGACGCGUCUGCGGUCCCAGCAUGACGAGGAGGCCGUGGCAAACACACCUGACACCUCUAAGGCCAUCGGUCUAAUCAUAACUGCCCUCAGAGACAACCUGGUCAGACUAUCCACCCACAAGUUUGGAUCCAACGUCGUCGAGAAGUCCCUCCGCAUUCCAACACUUGCCCCUGUUCUCAUUGGCCAGCUGCUAAAGGAGCCGGACAUCCCGAUAAUCCUGCUUCAUGACGCUUACGGUAACUACGUUCUCCAGACUACUUUGGACGUUGCCGAUGACAACAGUUUCCGCUGCCUCAGUGAGAGAUUGAGGCCUGCUAUGAACGAGGUUCGGAAUACUCCCCAUGGCCGUCGUAUCCUCUCCAAGCUCAUCAGCCGCGGAGGUGCUACUUCUGCUCUGUGCGGAUAUGCCAACCAGGGUAAUCCUCUGCAAAUCGGAUCACCUUCGGCUUCUUCUCCCUCCUCUUCUUUACACCAGCAGUACCCCUCUGCCAGAUCGCGUAUUUCUCAACGGCAGCAACAGCAGCAACAACAACAACAACAGAACUUUGGAGCUGCUGCUGCUACCACUUCGAUUGGCGGAUUCACCCACUACAAAUAA